AUGUCUUUCGCCGGCAGACGCAGAGGAAACAAGGUGAAGAAGGGUGUUCAGUUCACCGUUAUGGUGGUCGGUGCCUCUGGUACUGGACGCACGACAUUCGUGAACACCCUCUGCGAAUCAGAGGUGCUUGCCCACAAGGUCUCUGACAGCCCGGAUACUGCACAUGUUGAGGAGGGUAUCAGGAUCAAGCCUGUCAAUGUCGAACUUGAAGAAGACGGUGUUCGGAUUGCUCUCACCAUCGUCGACACUCCAGGUUUUGGCGACAACAUCGACAAUGAAUUCGCCUUUCAGGAGAUUGUAGGAUAUCUCGAACGCCAGUACGACGAUAUUUUAGCGGAAGAGUCUCGCAUCAAGCGUAACCCUCGCUUCCGGGACAACCGUGUCCAUGCCUUGCUGUACUUCAUUCCUCCUACUGGGCAUGCCUUGAGGGAAAUGGACAUUGAGCUGAUGCGCCGCCUCUCGCCGCGUGUCAACGUCAUUCCCGUCAUUGGCAAAGCUGAUUCUCUGACCCCGAGCGAGUUGAGGGGAUUUAAGAAGAGGAUUAUGGAGGACAUUGAAUACUACGAUAUUCCCGUGUACAAUUUCCCCUACGAUAUUGAGGAGGACGACGAAGACACCAUUCAGGACAACAGUGAACUUCGGGCGAUGAUGCCAUUCUCAAUUGUCGGGUCUGAGGAAGAAGUCGAAAUCGACGGACAGCUCGUCCGUGCUAGGAUAUACCCCUGGGGUAUUGUCGAGGUUGACAACCCAAAGCACUCAGAUUUCAGUCGCCUGCGCGGGGCUCUUCUUAACACGCACCUUGCUGACUUGAAGGCGUUAACACACGACGUUCUCUAUGAGACUUAUCGUACCGAGAAACUCUCUCGGACUGUGAACCCAGAUGCUCAGGACUCUUCCAUUCUUCCUGAAGAGCUCGCUACCCAGAGCGUGCGCCUUAAGGAGGAGCAACUGCGUCGGGAAGAAGAAAAGGCAAGUGACCUUUGCUGGAGUUUACGUGAGAUCGAGCUGCGUGUACAGCGCGAGAUCAAUGAGAAGAGACAAGAGCUAUUGGCGAAGGAAGAAUCGCUCAGAAACUUGGAGAGCCGCCUCGCCGCUCAGGGCUCGCAGUCAGAAUUCCGCGACUGA